CGUCUCUCUCUGCAAUUAAGCACCGCUUCUUCAAGCUUCCAAUUCGAUUGACCAAUGCGGCGUUCUCGUUUUCUCGCCCAAGUUUUCUCCGACGCUUCCUUCACUGACGUAUCCACUACUUCUGCUCCAAUCGUCGCCAUGUCUACUCGUGCUCCGUACAGAGGUGCCCGAGGACGAGGACGAGGACGAGGCCGAGGCGGGAGAAGUUUCUCCGAUCGUCCGUACAACAAUGACGCGGGAAGAGAUCAGUUCGUGACUGGAGACUCGCAUUUUCAGUCAGUUCAUGACGCAAAUCUUCGAUUCCGGCAUGGUGAACCUUAUCGACAACCUCAACCUCCGGUAGAUCAGCGGCAGCAACCACCGUUCAAUCAGAAUUACGAAUUUCGGCCUCCGCCGCCGUCUCAAGGUCAGUGGCAACAAUUCCGUCAACCUAAUCAUUUACCGUCCAAUCAAAGCUAUGCGGCAUACCCUCCCCCUCCGUUCUAUCCAAACCAGAUGUCUCGGCCGCCUCCACAGCGGAGCUUUCGUCAACGGCCACGGUCAAAACCUUCAGAUUACCGUGAAUGGGAAUAUGCCAAAACGCCACCGUCUCCUGGCUCCGAAAAGUUUGUUGUUUUAUCGUAUAAUAUCUUGGCGGAUUACCUUGCAAAUGAUCACUGGAGAAAUCUUUACUUUCACAUACCGAGGAAUAUGUUGAGUUGGGGAUGGAGAAAGAGUAAAAUAGUGUUCGAGCUUGGCCUAUGGUCUGCAGAUAUAAUGUGCCUUCAGGAAGUUGAUAAAUUUCAGGACUUAGAGGAGGAGAUGAAGCACCGGGGAUAUAGUGCCAUUUGGAAGAUGCGGACUGGUAAUGCUGUUGACGGCUGUGCAAUAUUUUGGCGAUCAAAUAGAUUCAAGUUGGUUCACGAGGAAAGCAUCCAGUUCAAUCAACUUGGUCUUCGGGAUAAUGUUGCUCAAAUAUGUGUGUUUGAGACACUGUUGACGUCACAUACAAAAGAAAAUGAGACCCCUCCACCUGAAAGCUCUGCUGGUUCCCACCGAGUUGUCAUUUGUAACAUUCACGUGCUUUUUAAUCCUAAAAGAGGAGACUUUAAACUUGGUCAGGUCAGGACACUCUUAGAUAAAGCUCAUGCUGUUUCAAAACUCUGGGAUGAUGCGCCUAUUGUUCUUUGUGGGGAUUUCAAUUGUACACCAAAGAGUCAUUUGUACAACUUUAUUUCAGACCGGAAGUUGGAUUUGUCUGGUUUGGCCAGAGACAAAGUUUCGGGGCAAGUUUCUGCUGAGUUUCGUCCACCAAGGCCAGAAAAUUAUACGACGAGGUUUCAGUCCGCCAAUAAAUCUCCACAAGGUCAAGUUCAACCACCACAUUCGAUCACAAAUGCUCAAAUGGAGAAUAACUCCAACAUAGAUGUUGGAACGGCCCCCUCCGAGAAGAUAUAUGAGCUUCCAUGUGGUGAUACAAUUCUUGCUGGUCACGAAGCCACCUCCAGCUCUGACCAAGUAUUACCACGCGAGAAUAUGGCCUCAGAUUGUAAUUUUGGAAUAGAAAACAGAAAACCUGAUGACUCCAGGAAUCUCUCGAUAGCUGAAGAUCUUUCUUCAGUAACCAUAUCAGAUACAGAACCUCAACAUGCUUCCAGUGCUAGAGAAGAUUUGAAUACAGAUCAUUCUGUGAGUUCCGGUUUAUCAGAAACAGAGCAAUCUCCUGAGGAAAUAUGCUCCAGUGAUCAAGAUAUUUCAUCUAGUCUCUCCACCAAGGUUGACACUACUUUGGCUGAAAUGAAACUAGAUGGCUCAACAUUGGACGAACCAGUAGUAUUCGCGCAAGAUGAAGAAGGUUUAGGAGAAGAUGGGGAAACCUUUUUGGCUAAGCUACACGAUAAUAAUGAAGACUUGAGUCAAAAAGGGGAACUUGUGAAUGAAGUUCCACUUAAAUGGAGUUUUGAAGCUUUUAAUAGUGACAAAAUCACUUAUAGUCCAUCUUCUUGGACUCCAAUGGAGAUAGCAACUGCAACAGGUGACCCAGAGAGAACUACGGUUGAACAUGCUCUGGAGCUUAAAAGCACUUACUCAGAAGUGGAGGGUCAAGCAAACACAAGGGAUGAAAACGGAGAACCUGUAGUGACCAGUUAUCACAGAUGUUUCAUGGGGACAGUUGACUACAUAUGGCGGUCGGAAGGUCUUCAAACAGUGCGUGUGCUUGCUCCAAUACCAAAGCAAGCAAUGCAGUGGACACCAGGCUUCCCGACUCCAGUAAAAUCCCAUGAUAUUGUUUAUUAUAAAGCCUAGCUUUUUAACUGAAUUGAUUACAAAACCUUUUUAUGUUUGUAUUUCUGGUUUGUUACAGAAAUGGGGAAGCGAUCACAUUGCACUGGUUUCAGAGUUGGCCUUUUGCAGCAGCAAAACUCUGCCCAAAAGCUGAUAUGAAACAGGUGGUGACUUCAUUAGAAAUCUAAGAAAGUGUAAGGAGAUUA